AUGUGGGGAACGGGAAAGAGGGUGCGCAAGAAGUACAGAAAGGUGCGCAAAAAGUCUUUCUACGUGCGCAAGAAGUACAGCAAGGUGUGCAAAAAGUCUUUCUACGUGCGCAAAAAGUCUUUCUACGUGCGCAAGAAGUCUUUCUACGUGCGCAAGAAGUCUUUCUACGUGCGUAAGAACUACAGAAAGGUGCGCAAAAAGUCUUUCUACGUGCGCAAGAAGUACAGCAAGGUGCGCAAAAAGUCUUUCUACGUGCGCAAAAAGUCUUUCUACGUGCGCAAGAAGUCUUUCUAUGUGCGCAAGAAGUCUUUCUACGUGCGCAAGAAGUCUUUCUAUGUGCGCAAGAAGUCUUUCUACGUGCGCAAGAAGUCUUUCUACGUGCGCAAAAAGUCUUUCUACGUGCGCAAGAAGUCUUUCUACGUGCGCAAAAAGUCUUUCUACGUGCGCAAGAAGUACAGAAAGGUGCGCAAAAAGUCUUUCUACGUGCGCAAAAAGUCUUUCUACGUGCGCAAGAAGUCUUUCUACGUGCGCAAGAAGUCUUUCUACGUGCGCAAGAAGUACAGAAAGGUGCGCAAAAAGUCUUUCUACGUGCGCAAGAAGUACAGAAAGGUGCGCAAAAAGUCUUUCUACGUGCGCAAGAAGUCUUUCUACGUGCGCAAGAAGUACAGAAAGGUGCGCAAAAAGUCUUUCUACGUGCGCAAAAAGUCUUUCUACGUGCGCAAAAAGUCUUUCUAUGUGCGCAAGAAGUCUUUCUACGUGCGCAAGAAGUCUUUCUAUGUGCGCAAGAAGUCUUUCUAUGUGCGCAAGAAGUCUUUCUACGUGCGCAAGAAGUCUUUCUAUGUGCGCAAGAAGUCUUUCUACGUGCGCAAGAAGUCUUUCUAUGUGCGCAAGAAGUCUUUCUACGUGCGCAAGAAGUCUUUCUACGUGCGCAAAAAGUCUUUCUACGUGCGCAAGAAGUCUUUCUACGUGCGCAAAAAGUCUUUCUACGUGCGCAAGAAGUCUUUCUAUGUGCGCAAGAAGUCUUUCUACGUGCGCAAGAAGUACAGCAAGGUGCGCAAAAAGUCUUUCUACGUGCGCAAAAAGUCUUUCUACGUGCGCAAGAAGUCUUUCUAUGUGCGCAAGAAGUCUUUCUACGUGCGCAAGAAGUCUUUCUAUGUGCGCAAGAAGUCUUUCUACGUGCGCAAGAAGUCUUUCUACGUGCGCAAAAAGUCUUUCUACGUGCGCAAGAAGUCUUUCUACGUGCGCAAAAAGUCUUUCUACGUGCGCAAGAAGUACAGAAAGAAGUACAGAAAGGUGCGCAAAAAGUCUUUCUACGUGCGCAAGAAGUCUUUCUACGUGCGCAAAAAGUCUUUCUACGUGCGCAAGAAGUACAGAAAGGUGCGCAAAAAGUCUUUCUACGUGCGCAAAAAGUCUUUCUACGUGCGCAAGAAGUACAGAAAGGUGCGCAAAAAGUCUUUCUACGUGCGCAAGAAGUACAGAAAGGUGCGCAAAAAGUCUUUCUACGUGCGCAAGAAGUCUUUCUACGUGCGCAAGAAGUACAGAAAGGUGCGCAAAAAGUCUUUCUACGUGCGCAAAAAGUCUUUCUACGUGCGCAAAAAGUCUUUCUAUGUGCGCAAGAAGUCUUUCUACGUGCGCAAGAAGUACAGCAAGGUGUGCAAAAAGUCUUUCUAUGUGCGCAAGAAGUCUUUCUACGUGCGCAAGAAGUCUUUCUAUGUGCGCAAGAAGUCUUUCUACGUGCGCAAGAAGUCUUUCUAUGUGCGCAAGAAGUCUUUCUACGUGCGCAAGAAGUCUUUCUACGUGCGCAAAAAGUCUUUCUACGUGCGCAAGAAGUCUUUCUACGUGCGCAAAAAAGUCUUUCUACGUGCGCAAGAAGUACAGAAAGGUGCGCAAAAGUCUUUCUACGUGCGCAAGAAGUACAGCAAGGUGCGCAAAAAGUCUUUCUACGUGCGCAAAAAGUCUUUCUACGUGCGCAAGAAGUCUUUCUACGUGCGCAAGAAGUCUUUCUACGUGCGCAAGAAGUACAGAAAGGUGCGCAAAAAGUCUUUCUACGUGCGCAAGAAGUACAGAAAGGUGCGCAAAAAGUCUUUCUACGUGCGCAAGAAGUCUUUCUACGUGCGCAAGAAGUACAGAAAGGUGCGCAAAAGUCUUUCUACGUGCGCAAAAGUCUUUCUACGUGCGCAAAAGUCUUUCUACGUGCGCAAAAAGUCUUUCUACGUGCGCAAGAAGUCUUUCUACGUGCGCAAGAAGUCUUUCUAUGUGCGCAAGAAGUCUUUCUACGUGCGCAAGAAGUCUUUCUAUGUGCGCAAGAAGUCUUUCUACGUACGCAAGAAGUCUUUCUACGUGCGCAAGAAGUCUUUCUAUGUGCGCAAGAAGUCUUUCUACGUGCGCAAGAAGUCUUUCUACGUGGGCAAGAAGUUUUUCUACGUGCGCAAGAAGUCUUUCUAUGUGCGCAAGAAGUCUUUCUACGUGCGCAAGAAGUCUUUCUACGUGCGCAAGAAGUCUUUCUAUGUGCGCAAGAAGUCUUUCUACGUGCGCAAGAAGUCUUUCUACGUGCGCAAGAAGUCUUUCUAUGUGCGCAAGAAGUCUUUCUACGUGCGCAAGAAGUCUUUCUACGUGCGCAAGAAGUCUUUCUACGUGCGCAAGAACAUCACCCUCGCCUACCAAGCCGCCCAGGAUUUCGACGGCAUCCCGAUGAACGCUCUUCAUGAGAAGUUGAACGUUUGGGAGAACAUUGACAGACCUGCCCUGAUCGCGAACAUUGACGUACUGAAGACCGAACUGGACGAGCUGUACGCCGACUUUCUGAAAGAGGUCAACGACAAAACCACUGCGUGGAGGGCGAUCAAGACCGCCGUGGAAGCCCUAGAAUCUGACAAAAAGCAGAUUUGUGGCGAGUUGUCGCAGCCGAACAUCAACCUCCCACUUAACAUGCAACCGGGGCGAUGCACGAUCUGCCCACCAGAGAAAGGGGAGCAAGAUGUGUCGGUGCGAUUUGUGGAGCCGGCCUGUGCAAGCCAUGUCAAAUGUUUUGGAAAAAUAUUGACAAAGUACGAGGCAAGCCCAGACCACUCUUCCCGCUGCACUCCCAAUCGGCCAUGCUACGUCUGUUCUUACGAGAUCUGGACAGCUCUUGGGUUCCGGAAGCGACACGGCGGCUCGGAAGAGCACUAUGCGGAGCACGAG